AUGAUGGAGAAAGAUGUGGGCUACUCAAACCCAUCAAUGGGCCAUGAUGAUGCAUUGUUCGAUUAUGAUGCCGGCUUAGAGAGCACAUUGCAAGAUAUAGCUGUGGAUUCAAACAGAGGUGGACCCAUUGCUGCACCUGUAUUAGGCUUGGAUGAAAAGGUCACAAUCACUAAGCAGCGACGAUCUACUGUCAAGCUGGAUGAGGGCCGAUUACUGUCACAAGCCGGCAUACCAAAACUGCGUUCUACGGCGAAGUCUAAACUGAAAUUCAAAGGGAAAGGGCAUGAGUUUUCGGACGCCGCUCGACUAUUAAAUUUCUACCAACUAUGGCUCGAUGAUUUGUUCCCUCGCGCGAAGUUCGCCGAUGGAUUGGCUAUUAUAGAAAAACUGGGUCAUUCGAAACGAUUACAGACGAUGCGACGAGAAUGGAUAGACGAGGAAAAGCCGAGACUCCCCGCAACCGACUCUGAAGAUGCGCAACAAACGGGGUCCCCGGGUCCAUAUGUCCAUGACAAUAGUAUGUCUAUCGGGCAUCUAAAUGAAGCCGACGCGAUUGUGGGCCAAGGAGAUAGCGUGGCACAGGGGCUUCCAGCACAUGGCAUUGGAGAGCCAUCCUCACUUACGCUGGGAGACGUUCCUCAGCAGGGAGAUUUGUUUGUGUCGGAUGAUGAGAGCGUCCCAAGGGAGAUCAUAGAAGGUACUCAUGAUAACGAUGAUGAUGAUGAUGAUGAUGAGCUGGAAGCACUUCUACGAGAGCACGAGGAUGGUAUUAUUGAUAAUAAUAAUCUGGCAGGACCAGAUGCAUGGGCUUGA